UCAUACCAUCUAACUUGCUCCCUUAUGGCUAGCAUACGCAAUGUGACUGAGUUCAUUUUUCUGGGACUCUCUCCCAAUCAAGAGGUACAGAGAGUUUGCUUUGUGAUAUUUCUGCUCUUGUAUACAGCCAUUGUGCUGGGGAACCUCCUCAUGGUGGUCACUGUCUCAGCCAGCAGAAGUCUUGGAUCCCCCAUGUACUUCUUCCUCAGCUACUUCUCCUUCGUGGAGAUCUGCUACUCCUCUACAACAGUCCCCAAACUCAUCUUGGAUCUCCUAGCUGAGAAGAAAUCCAUAUCUGUGUGGGGCUGCGUGACACAGCUCUUCUUCAUCCACUUCUUUGGUGGCAUUGAGAUGUUCCUGCUCACAGUGAUGGCCUAUGACCGCUAUGUGGCCAUCUGCAAGCCCCUGCACUACACCAGCAUCAUGAACCGACAGGUGUGUGCUGUCCUUGUGGGAACAGCUUGGGUGGGAGGCUUUGUACACUCCUUUGCCCAGAUCCUUCUCAUCUUCCGCUUGCCCUUCUGUGGUCCCAAUGUCAUUGACCAUUAUUUCUGUGAUUUGCUUCCUGUGCUUAAACUUGCCUGCUCAGAUACUUUUCUCAUUGGUCUGCUGAUUGUUGCCAAUGGGGGUACACUGUCUGUGAUCAGUUUUGUGGUCCUCUUAGCAUCCUAUGUGGUCAUCUUGUUUCAUCUGAGGACUCAGAGUUCUGAGGGACGACGCAAAGCUCUGUCCACCUGUGGGUCCCAUGUCACUGUAGUUGUCUUAUUCUUUGCACCCUGCGUCUUCAUCUAUCUGAGACCUUCAGCCACACUGCCUGUAGACAAGAUGAUAGCUGUGUUCUACACAGUGAUAACUCCCCUCCUCAACCCUAUCAUCUACUCCCUGAGAAAUGCAGAAGUGAAGAAAGCCAUGAAGAGUCUAUGGAUCAGGACAAUAAAAGUAGAUAAAAAAUAGAGGCUGAGUCUUUGUAUGGUCAUGGGUUUGGAAUGAUUGAAUUCCUAAUUUUCCCAUGACUGGGCAAAAUGAGCAGAAA